AUGUUUGCUUCCUCGUUCAUUUUUCUUUCUUCCUGUUUAUCUAUUCUCUACUUGUCCAAGUCUUUUUUUUUCUCUACUUUUCAUCUUUGUCUCCUAAUUUUAAUCUAUUUUUCUUACUGUUACCUUUUUAAUCUCUUUUUUUUCUUACUGUUUUUUCUUUUCUUUUAUUUUCUUUCUUUUUUUACCUUUUUACCUUUCUCUCUUACUGUUUCCUUUUUCUUAAUCUAUCCCUCGUCUUUUUUUUUAUUUCUUUUUACCUUUUUUCUUAUUUUCACCUUUCUUUUUUUGUUACCUUUUUCUAUUUUCGUUCUUGUUCAAGUAUUUCUUUUACAGAUAAUCGAUAUAAUUCGUCUUUCUGUGUCUUUGUUUCUAUUUUUUCUUUCUUCAUCUUUCUUACUGUUUGUCUAUCCUUCUCUUUUUGUCGAUCUAUGUUUACUACUAUUAAUCUAUCUUUUCCUUCUUUCUUUUACGCUUUGCAAUUUUGUUUCUUUUUCAGAUUUUCCUUACACCGUUAAUUUUCCAUCUUUUCUUCGUGUUAUCUUUUUCUCUUUUCUUUCUUGUUCGACAUUUUUCUUUUUACAGAUAAUCAAUAUAUUUCGUCUUUUUGUUUCUUUUUUUCUAUUCUUUAUUUUUCAUCUUUCUUUCUUACUGUUUAUCUGUCCUUUCCGUCUUUCUUUUUCUAUUUUCUUUCUUUGUUCGCUUUUUUUAUCUCGCUUUUAA